CACUUUCUUUCUUUUUUUUCUCUUGAUCGAAAAUUAUUUCAAUAAAAUCAUUUAAUCCCAAGAAUCAGUUUUAAAGGAGCUGAUCAGUUUUUAGUCCUGUUUGGAUUUGGAUUAGUGAAACAAUGGAUGAAUGGCACGAUCGACUCAGUGAAGAAGCAAACAUCGGUGAUCUCCACCAUCGAGAUCGACUCAGUGAGUUACCUGACUCUUUAAUUCUUGAAAUCCUUUCAUUGUUGGAUACGAGAGAUGUUGUUCGGACAUCCCUUCUCUCCAAACGUUGGGAAAACCUCUGGUCCACCAUUCCCUGCCUUGAUCUCUUGAAACAAACUCCAAGUGUUAUCUCUAGUGUUGUUUCACAAUGGAAAGGCCCCAAGAUUCUGAAAUUCCGCUUAUCUUUCCCUAGUUUCAUUUUGGGCCCUAGUAGUAGUGUUAUUGAUUCAUGGCUGCUUUUCGCUAUCGAAAAAAGAGUGGAAGAGCUUUUUUUAGAUCUUAAUAGUUAUAAGAAGGUUGAUUAUUGCUUACCUCAGACCUUGUAUACAUGCUCGUCCAUUACAAAAUUAACUCUUGAGGAUUGUAAAUUGAGAAUUGAGGAUAAUGUGCAGUGGCAUCAGCUCAAGACAUUAGAAAUUAGAUAUCCGGAUUGGUUGAGUGGUGAUGCUAUGAACCAAAUUCUUUUGGGUGCUCCUCUGUUGGAAGAGUUGGUUUUGAAGUCUUUCAAAAUUGGUGAAAACGAAAACUUCAAUAUCCGAUCUACUAGUUUGAAGAUACUCAAGAUACAAACGGGUUAUAUUUGGCAUGAAACUACAGUGCUGAGAAUUUGGGCUCCUAAUCUCUUGAAUUUUGUUCUUGAGGCUCGUUUUCAUGGUACUUGUUUGUUGGAUGCCCCGUCUUUGACUCAUGCAAUUCUUUCUUUGGUGCACGAUGGAGAUGUAGCAGCACGAUUUAAAUUGCUUAAUCAUGUUUUCCGAAGCAUCCGCAAUGUUGAGAAGGUCACGUUAUCACAUUGCUGCAUUGAGAUGCUUCUCAAAUUAAAGAAUGAAGAUAUGGUUAUGCCGUUGUUGAAUUCUAAGAUUCUAGAGCUCGACACUAUAGGUGCCGAAGAUAUGCUUGAUUUGGUUGGGAUGAUGUUUCCCAAGCUAGAGAGGUUAAUCGUGGAUCAAGGCAGACUCCAGACAUGGCAGGCUCCUCGUUUUGACGAUAGUGAAGAGGUUCACAAUGCUAUGGUUGAUACAUUGGCGUAUGCUAAGAUGAGUUUUCCCAGUCCCUCUCUUCUCCAUCUAAAGACAUUUGAGGCUACAUGGUCUAUGCGCGACCCUUCAAUAAUUCCGGCCAUACAAAUUCUGUUGGAAAACGCUCUCAUUCUUGAAAAGAUGGUUAUUCGACUAAGCCAGGGUGCAUCUGAUCCAAAGACAUUCAUUUUGGCACAAGAGAAGGUGCUGAGUAUACCGAGAUCCUCUCCUAAUGCACAAGUGAUCAUCAUAAGCUUAAUUUGAUGUAUAACUGAUAAGUCUUCCUCUACUGGAUUCUAUCAUCAUAAGCUGUUAAUGUCCAGCCUUUUUUUUUGGCAUUUUGAAUAGUUCUUUCUCUGUUGGGUCUAUUUGGUGCGUGUUCUUUUUGGCGUUGUACUGGUUUCUUUUGCUUUUCUUCAUUCAUUAUGUUGUAAUUGACGAGUGCUCUUUUUCCUCAUA